GUUACUUUGUCGAGGUUAUGUGUUCAAAUUUUUAAGAAUAAUAUUUUAUUUCAUACCAAAUGAAUAUUAAUUAGCAUUCGGGAAUUUGAUGUUAGCUUGUUCUGUUUAUUAGUUAAUAAUUUAUUCAACAAAAUUAAUCUAAAAUUGGCGAAAUUAGUUAAUAGUUAUCUCAACAGUGUAUAAACAAGUUCUGACAUGUCAGGACCUGCCUCUGCAGGAGCGGGAACCUCCGUCGAUUUCGAUGGAGAAGACGACGAUGAUAACAACCUCCCAAAUAUUCUUACUCAUCAUGAAAUUUCCAAGACAGACAAAUCAAACAGCCAAUCUUGUCUUGUAGUUUCCCAGCCGAAUAUAUCCAUACCGGUUAGUUUGCUCAUAGAAUCGCUUGUCAAGAACAUUUGCUCAAUUUUCGAGACUGAUCAGAAAAAAGCAGAAAAUAUGUAUAAAAUAAUUUGUGAUAAAUUGUACCAUAUGAAUCUUCUCAGUGAAAGUUACAGUAUGAACGAAUUCGAGGGUAUAAGAAGCCAAUAUCAGAGGGCUUUUAUUCAACUGUUGUCCUCCGUUAAAGACGACAAGUCUUUACCUCUCAGUCCCAUUUGGCCUAAGCCUGAUUUUAAUUCUCACUACCAUAGAGAAUUCGAAGAAGUCGAGUACAUCGCAGGUGGAGGCUUUGGUCAGGUUUAUAAAGUCAAGCACAAACUGGACGGAACGGAAUAUGCAGUAAAAAAAAUCUCCAUUCGCACAGAAGGCAUACAAUCCGUGAGGACUUAUUUAUCUGAAGUGAAAACUUUUGCCAGUAUGAAUCAUUCUAACAUUGUCCAGUACAAAGGCGCUUGGCUGGAAAUGGGAGCACCUACGAGCAAAAUCAUAGAGCAUAAGGAGUCCGAGAGCCUCACAUCAGUUACCCAAAUGACGGAAUACAUCUUUCACGAGGAGAGCACCCAGUCUUUUACGAAAACCCAAAAAGACGGUAGCACUGAUUUUCAAAUCGACUUUGAGCAUAGCAUUAGCGGGGCCAGUUCCAAAUCCAGACCAUCAAAUGGAUCAUCCAGGAGAAAGAAGAGGAAAAGUCUCUCGGAGGGCGCGGAAGAUUUGGCAUUAGAGAAGUUAGAUUUAAAGGAAAUUCAAAGAAUCAGAUCUCUCAAUAAAUCGAAGGUCAGAUGGGCAACGUUGUACAUCCAAAUGGCCCUUUGUCAUUCCACUUUGAAGCAAUGGUUGGAAAAGAGGAAUGAAGUUUCUGAUCCCGAAACGGCCAUAGUACCUCUAAACGGGACAUCGAUUAACACUGUCAAUCAAAUUUUUAUGCAGUUGUUAAAAGGACUUGAAUACAUUCACUCGAAGGGCGUAGUCCACCACGACAUCAAGCCGAGCAACAUCUUCAUUCAAAUCGAAAACGGGAGUUAUUUGAUACAAUUAGGCGACUUUGGAUUGGCCUGUCCCCUACAAAGCGUCCGUCACAGUCUGGCUUUCGGCACAAAACUAUACGCUGCCCCCGAACAGCUAGCCGGAAGUUGCAAUCCGAAGAGCGACAUGUACUCCCUGGGCAUCGUACUCUUCGAAUUGGUGCAGAACUUCCGAACGGAUAUGGAAAGAGUCGAGUACAUUUCGGAACUGCGCAAGGGCGGAAUGCCUUCGAACGUGCACGUGAAGCAUCCGCUGAUCGCCGAAGUCAUCGAAAAGCUGAUGGUUCGCAAUCCGGACUCGAGGCCCGACACUACGACGCUGAUCAGGGCCUACAAUUCCACGGAGAACGAGCAACUCAGGAUGCAGUUGGCGGAGAAGGAGGAGGAAAUACUGCACUUGAAGGAGCUGCUCAAAAUGCACGGCAUUAAGAGCAUUUAACUAAUUUGUGAUAGGUGUAUGGUAGGGUAGCACCGAUUACUUGUUAAUGAUAAGUUUUAAGAGAAUUUCGCAGGGGAAUCUCCGAAAUAUUUGUUCCAAAUACCUUUUAAAUUCGUAUGAUUUUCCAAUAAUUUUGCAGUAUGUUUUAUUUCUUCUCAAUUUUUUAAUUAAUCUUAAAUUUUUAUAAUUAUGCUUUAUUAUUAUCUGGUAAAUUUGUGAUUAUAUAUUUUAUGUUUAUACCGCUACAUCCUAUACAUCAUUUACUUCUGGUAAAAUUUGUAAUUGUUUAAGCAGGGUUUAUUAUACAAAUUUCAGCGACUGACUACUUAAAGUGAAAGUAAGGUGCUAUUCUAUAAAAUAGGCCAAAAUUGCUUCCAAGUUAAAAAUUUAAAGAUUAUUUUUGUACUCAUAGUACAACGUUUUUAAUAGACAAUCUGUUACGGUUUUAAUUGUCUGUAGGAUGGCUGCAAUUGGGGAAUAUAAAUUGCGCCAUUCAGACUGAUGUCUUUAAAAAACUUAACUCAGGAGCGUGAAUAUUAGUAUUUUUCUGUUGUGUCAGUCUAUAUUAUUUGACUUUAGAUAGUAAAAUAAAUCGAGUUUUAUUAUAUGAAGUCUCGACAGAAAGUGCACUUUUUGCAUUUUUUACAAUUGUUACUCUUUUAGAAAUUAAAAAGUGAUAUUUUCUGUAAAUAUUAUAUUUAUUGUUUUUUUGAUAAAAAUUUC